UGCCUGAAUUCUUUGGUACAACCCUGCAUGUGCAGCAGUGACAGAGGAAAAUUACGGAACAGUAAUAAUUGAUAUUUGCAGUUUACCUGUAAACUAUUGUGUUUAAACAAUUGUAAACGAAUUUCAAGGAAAUAACCUAAAAACAGGUCCUGACCUGAAGUUGAGUUGCAUACAUUCGAUCGACUUUAACGGAGAUUUCAUAAUCUUUAAAAUAUUCAGUCCUCAUUUGUAGCAAGCCAAUCUGGAUGGUAGGAAAAUUGUAAGGGGAACAAAAAUACUAAUUCGUGAGGGUGAUGUUGGCAUAUGCUUCUUAGUAUUGUAAAAUUAUGACAGUGUGAGAAGGUGGCAACGAAGCUCGUAGCAAAGGAAGUGUGCAGUGAAAACGAAAUUAACCAAAUGUCGCCGUGAAGCGGAAUUGUGUAGAAAAACGCAUCCACGACCAAAUAUAAAAGGAAGCGAAAAAACCUGCAUGAGCGAAGAGGAAUGAAUAGUAAAAACGUAUGAGGAAGAAGCAACAUCAGCAAAAAAUUUGCCAACCAUAAUUUAAAACCAAGCUUAAUAAAGAAGUAAAAGAGUUAACUUCACUGUGGAAAAAGUGAUUAAAGUUAAUUGUGUACUACUAUAAUACAUAUUUUCACAAAGCGAAAAAUAAAGUAAAUAUUGAACGCAACAUCGAUUACGGUGACGUCGUGUGUGUGUGGUUUCGAUUGCGAUAAUUGCAUAAAAAUUAUAUCAAAGAACUGACAAAGUGUGAAACGUUCCUUUCAUUUCGUGUUUCUGAUAUAUGGAACUUUUUUGAUAAUUAAAAUAUAUCAUUAAACUAUCAAAACAAAGCAGGUCUGGUAGAAUUUGUUAAAUUAAAUUAAAGAUAAAAACGUGCUCACUAAAACACAGGAGAUAUUUUGUCGUGAACAAAGUACCGUAGUGCAUCUUAGCGUUGCGACCGGGAGAAAUAGAAGUGGAGCAAGUAUCGACGACGACGUACAACUAAAAGAGGCACAAGCGAAAGUGCCACUUUGUCAUUUAUUGUUGUGAAUUUCAACACCACAUCAUUAUGAAUACCAAUAGCAAUAAACGCAAAAAUCGCCCUGGUGGCGUAGGACGUUACGUGACCGAUAAUCGUCAAUUGCAACAACACCAACAGCAUUCAAAUAAAGGACGUACGCAAGCACAGGGAGUGUAUAAAAACACUCAUUUCAUUCACGCGGCCACAUCGUUAGUUGGCAGUCUUGUCCAAGUUCGCUUACGUUCGGGUAAUAUUUACGAGGGCGUAUUUCACACUUUCUCGCCAAGUUUUGAUGUAGCUCUGGAAUUACCAUUAUGCAUUAAAACAAAUAAAAACGAAGAUGAGGGUAAGCAUGUCCCGAAUCAUAUGAUUUUUCCUUGUGAUACAGUAGUGAAUAUAUCGGCAAAAGAUUUCGAUUCUCGUUAUGCCACAACGAGAACUUUUGCAACGGACGGUGCAAUCUCUGAAAAAUUUAAUGGUAUUCGAUUUGAGGAGAAAGAACUCGAGCCAUGGGAUGCGUCUGGUAUGAAUGGCGACGUCGACAUAGAAUUAGACGGUGCCGCGAAUGGUUGGGACCCAAAUGAUAUGUUUAGGCAAAAUGAACACGUCUUUGGAGUUCAAUCGACAUUUGAUGAUUCGUUGUCUUCAUAUACUGUUCAACUUGAUAAAGUAGAUUCUGAUGAGUUUAAAGAAGCGGAGGCCAAGGCCGAGAAGUUGGCUGCAGAAAUCGAAAGCAAUCCUAUCUACAGAGAGCGUGUUGAUUUAGAGAAUGGGGAUGAGGAGACUCUAUUCGCUGCAGUGGAACGACCGAGUAGCGAAAUAGACCGUGAACGUGAAAGAGAACGUGAUUUAGAACGUGAACGAGAGCGGGAACGCGAGCGGGAGAGAGAAAAGGAGAGAGAGCGAGACCGGGAACGUGAACGGGAUCGUGAACGAGAACAACGUGAUAGAGAACGCGAUCGCGAACGUGAUGAUCGAGAACGGAGCAAACGUCCAGGUACAAGCGCGUAUGAUCAUCGGGAAAUUGUGGCUGAACGAUAUAUAACAAAACCAACGCGCAGUAUAACCGGUCCGCCACCGCCUGUGGCUAUGGCUUCCACCAAUUCAAACUCUUCGACCGUAUCUUCACAAACCAGCGGCAAUGGUCCCACACAACGAGGUCAUAUGGAUCGUGGAUGUAGUGUCAAUAGCGGUGGUAACAUUGAUAUAAUGGGUGGCGAGCGCAUGGUAAACGCACCGGCUUCCUCAAGUAUGGGUCAGCCGCAGCAAACGCAGCAACAGCAAACCAGCUCAAUACAAUCGUCAUCCGGUGGUAUGACAGGAAGCAUAAAAAAUACAUCGUCGUUACCUCUGUCAUCAAACACUGGAAUAGUCAGCGGCUCGGAUGGUGGCAACAAAUAUGGUGGCGGUUCAAUGAUGAAGCGCAAAACAGUCCCACAGGGUAAACAAAUGUUGCGCAAUGCACCGAUAACCAAUAAUUCUAACACCCAAUCGGGCGUUGGUGGCAGCGGUGGUAACAUGGCUCAAGGGAGUGUUGGAAAUCAGUCAAAUGUUGGUGGCGGAAAAGUUGGCAAUUAUCAACAAAUGCCAAUUCAAAACCAAGCUCCUAUGCAAAAUUAUCCGCAAAUUAUCCAUGGAUCGUCUCAAUACAGAAACCAGCAACACAUAGGCGGACCGUCAAAGGUUAAUGGCGACUCUAACCCGAACUCGGGCAAACCAAUGCCGCAUCGUAAUAUGCGUCAGUAUCAAAGUACUCAAACAAAUUCUCCGUUGAACUACAACGAUUCGCACAAUCAGGUUUCAAUGGCAAAAUCACAUGGGCCUCCACACGGUCAACAACAAAUUGGUGGUCCCUUGGGUGUUAACAACAGCACUUCACCACCUUUACAAACUGGCGGCGGGGGUCCCCAUAAUCAUCCACAGUCUCAAAGUGGUGGAUUAGUCAUGGCAGGACCACCUAAUCAACCACCACCUCAGCCGCAGCGACAAAUGCGGAAUCAAAUGCAAGACUUAAGGCAGUUUGCACAAGAUUUUCAGCUGGCGAACAGUACAUCAACGUCGCCGCCUCAACAGUCACAGCAAACGCAACCCUCACUGCAGCAACAACAACAACAACACCUGAAUUUGGGUAAAGGAGCGGGUCACCAACCACAACCUUCGGUUUCGCCGCCACAGCAGCCUCAACAAAUAAUUGUGCAGCAACAGCAAACGCAGCCGCAUAUAAAUAUGCAACAUGUACAACAGCAGCAUCACAAUCAACAUCAUGCAUCGCCCCCACAACAAACGCAGCAGCAGCACUACGUACCGUCACAUUUGACGCAACAGCAGCAACCACAACAACAGCAUGGACCGCCACCUGUACAGCAGCAAUCACAGUCGCAGCAGCAACAAAAAGGGCAUUUGCAUCAACAACAGCAACAGCAACCGCCUCCGUCUAUGCAAUCACAUCAACAUCAGCAACAACCGCCAGCACAACCAUCUACUCCUUUGCCACAGGAGCCACCACAGCAACAGGGCAUGUAUCAUGUGUCGCCGCCACAGCAGCAACCUGCGCAACCAUCACAAUUACAGCAGAGUUCACCGCCGGUGGCAGAUACCCCACCACAGCAGCAUCAGCAACAGCAAUCGGCACAACAAGUGAAUAAGAUGGAGGCCACACCAGUGACAACAGUCACACCGGUGAGCAACACGUCACCAAACACCGCAACAGAUAAACUGACCACGCCUCCUGGCACUGCUGCAUCGUCCACAGCGACUAGCAGUGUUACUGCGACUGGUACAACAACUGUUAAAAAGACACACGUCUUAAAUCCGUCGGCGAAACCGUUCACACCACGAAGCCCCAGUACCCCGAAUCCAUCACGUCCGCACACCCCGCAGACACCAGUGCCGAUGCAAAACAUCUACACGACCGCUACGCAUGUGCAAGCUGGUAGCCAAACGCCCAUGUAUGUGAUGCAAUCACAGCAGCCCGCAUUCCAAGCACCAACGCAUCCACAGACGGGACAACAACCACGCAUGCGUAGGGGCAACUAUGGUCCGAUGGCGGCGUCACAAACUCACGUUUCAGCAACAACAGCUACCGGACAACCUUUGCUGGCAGCAGCACCCAUACAACAGUUCAUACAUUACCAACAAACGCCACAUGCGCCACAUUUCCAAUCGCAGCCAUAUGUUAAUGUGCGCAUGUAUGAACCACCACCACAGCAGUUGCAAUUCAUAACGCAAACACCACCAUCAACUACACCGUCCCCAGGACAGCCGCAUCAGACGUUCCAUCCGCCACCACAGCCUUCCCCUGCUGGCGGAGGCCCGCAACCGACCUUCGCGCCACAAACACAGCCCAUGUACCCUGUCGUGUAUCCCGUAUUACAUUCGACACAAAUCAUGCCGAAUCACUACUAUUCGACGACGCCACAGCAUCCACAACAAACGCAGCCGUUUCAAAUACUGAUGCAACAGCAUCCAGCGCAGUAAAAGUUUACGUAACGACAACAACAAAAACGAAACACAUAUUUAUCAUAAAACAGGGAAGGAGCGGUCACGCGGUGGAUACAAGAAGAAGCACUGAAAAUGUGAAAUGGGAGGGAAGAUGAAGUCAUGCUGCGGCUGAUUAUAAACAUUCAUAUUAAAUACUAUAGAAAAGUAUAAGAAGUAUAUAGACGCGAAUUAUUUAUGUUGUAAAUGCCUCGAAGCAACAUCUGCCAACAAUAAUAACAAUAAAACCAUUGCUUUUAUGCAACAAAAAUAACGAUAUCAUAAAAUAUAUAAAUGCAAAUUAUAAGAAUAAUAUAUUAGAAAUUCGUCAAUGGUGAGAAUAUACAUAUAUGUAUGUGUAAUGUUUCCAUGUUUGCAAGAUGUUUUCUUGAAUUUUGUGAAACCAACGCCUUAGCAAGGUAUUAAGGUUUUGCUAAAAUCAUAAUUUUACUUCAAGGCAAAUUAAAAAAUAUUUUGCAAUUUAACUAGAUGCCCUUGCUUGCCUUCUUUAAACUUAAAUAUUGGAAAAUUAUUUAAUAGAACGAAAAUAAUGUGGGAUUUAUCCAUAAUAUCUAACUUUCUACUAUUUGUGGCAUGUUUGUUGUCAUCCAUGAUAGAAAAUAGUGACGUAAUGUAAAAUGCAUUUUUUCUUCAUAUUGUUAUUGUUGCUGUCAUUGAUGUUGCUGCAUUGCUUAGCGGACCCAAAAAACGAAAAGGAAAAACAUUAAAAUUAAACACCUAACAAAGAAAGUUCUAUAAUACAAAUUAAACGUAGAAAAAUAAAACAGAUGAAAUGCAAAAACAAUUCCGCGAUUAGCACCGUUGAAAGUUAUAUAAAAUCGCUUAAAAAAUCGAAUUCGUAAGACGUGUAUCGACUUAGGUAGAACUUUGCGAAUGGUUUGCUUCUAACGCAAUCAAUAUCGGCAGGCGACAAGUCACGAGCCGCAUCACUUUACACGUUCUUAUUAAUUUUGGUUAGAAUGUGGUUAAUUGAUUUGCGUUAGAAUUGUUCAUGCAGAGUUUUUGUUUUUAUAUUCACAUUGUAGUACUUUCUUAUGUUAUUUGUCGGAUUGAUGCGUUUUCACAUCAAACUAAAAAAGCAAUGGAAAAUUGUCAAAGAACAAUAUGUUUUUUCCUUUGAAAUCCUUUGUGAAUCAUUCCAUGUCUGAAACCAAAUACUAUUCUAAUACUUGUUUGAACGCAGAUAAAAAUUUUGGACGUGAAUAGUCUUUGUAGUGUUUCAAAGGAAAACGUUAAAAUGAUCAAGUAUUUUCUAAUGAAAAAUAAAACAUUUGCUUUAACGAUGCACAUUCGUAGUAAUAAUAUAAACGCUGCCUUAAGGGACUCGAAGUCAGCUUGACUUCUUAAAAACAAUUAUUUCACGAUUUAGUUCAAAAAUGGAAAAUAAUUCCUUCAAGUUAAACCUGACUAUAUUUAAAAGUAAAUAUGCAAAUUAGACUAAACUUAAAGCAAGAUUAGCUGCUUAUUUACAUCUAUGGUCGGCCACUAUAAUUGAAUAUUUGUAUUUGAAUGAAGACAAAUUCUAUAGAAGCCUCUCUAAAAUAGCGCAACUUUAUUUUCUAAGCCCAUCGACAAGCAUUUCCAUUAUUGCGCAUACUUCAAUAAAGCAACCGACGUAAAUAUUGUGCUAAACAAAAAUUAUACGAAAUUUUUUUUUAUAAGAUACCAAAAGUCAAAAAAUGCGAAAAACGUAAAUAAAUUAAUAUUCGAUUAGUGAGGGACCCGUGUUGUACAUGUCAUUAAAACUGCGUUUAUUGUAUGCAUUUAUUUUGCUCAGUUGGGUUUUGCUGCUUACUUAGCUCGUUUUUGCAAGUUCAUAUUUUUCGUUAGUACUCUUAGUCAUUUUUGAUUAUUACUUACCCUUCGUUUUUUAUUACUAAGAAUUUAGAAAAAGAAUCGAAAGAAAUGUUUUCUUGCGCAUCCUUUUAUAAAAUUAUCAAUGUUUAAAAGAAAAAAUAGCAAAAAAACGCCAAGAGCGUAAGAAAUAUGUAUGUGUUUUUGUUAAGUUUUCUCCCUACUUUUGUACUCCUACAAGCAAAUUCCUCCGCACAUUGAAAA